CUCGAGAUCUACUUUGAUUUCCCCUUCUCUUCUUCGUUCCCUUCUACUACAUGAGCACCAGUUUAAAACUUUGAUACUUAAUAUCGCGAGAAACAACGUUCACUAAGUUCAAUAAUUACGGCUCAUGGCACACGCGACUGUCAGCUCUUCCGUUGAGGUAAAUGGGCAGGAUAAAAAAAAUGCAAGUGAAAAUAUUGCCUGUACUUCAAUGGACCACUCACAAUUAGUGUCACCAGCUAUUAAGACCAAGCAACCUUCUCCACCGGACGGAGGAUGGGGCUGUAUUGUAGUUUUAGCAUCUUUUUUAAUCCACGUAAUUGCUGAUGGAGUGACAUAUUCGUUCGGCGUUUUUUACCUAGAACUUCUGUAUUAUUUCGAGGAGGGAAAGGGUGCAACUGCAUGGAUCGCGUCAAUAUUAGUCGGUGUUACUUUGUGCUCGGGUCCAAUAUCAAGUACAUUUGUAAAUAAAUUUGGAUGUCGAGCUGUAACUAUAGCUGGCUCAAUAUUGGCAAGUGCGUGUUUACUGGCGAGUAUGUGGGCUCGAAAUAUUAUAACAUUGUACUUUUCAAUCGGCAUCGGAACGGGAUUAGGAUUUGGUUUGAUCUAUUUACCAGCGAUUAUCACUGUGACAUGCUACUUUGAAAAAUAUCGGUCUCUUGCAACGGGGAUCGCAGUAUGUGGUUCUGGUUUAGGCACAUUAAUCUUUGCUCCUUGUUUAGAUUACCUUAUAGCCAAAUACGGAUGGCGAGGAGCGAUUUUAAUUUGCUCUGGAAUCGUUUUGAAUUGUACCGUUCUUGGAGCGCUUUUCAGGCCUCUCGAGACGGAUAAACGAAAAAAAAGAAGUUCUACAGAGAAAUCUUCACGGGACGUGAAAAAUGUUCGUCAGGAAUAUUCAAAUACCUUAUCUAAUCAAGAACAAUGUAAAAAUACAUAUAGUGUAAUUUUUCAAAAGGAUAAUAAUAAUGCUGGUAUAAGAUCUCUGAGUCAACCUGUUUUAAUCUCGAAAAACGUGGUACAAGAUAGUUCAGAGAACAGUCAUAAAGAGCACUCUAAUAUAAUACAAGAAUACAGUGAAGAAAUAUUUCAUAUUAAUGAGUCUUCUACAAAUUUACCUAAUAAAAUAGAAUAUAUAAAAACGGAUAAUAGAGAAUUUAAAACUUCUAUUGAUACAGAGGCAGAUACCUUUCAAGAAGAUAUUAAUAUUUCUCUGUUAAAAGAUCCAGUAUUUAUAUUAUUUACUUUUUCUAAUUUUUGUACCAGUAUUGGAUUUUAUGUACCAUACGUUUAUGUACUGCCUCAAGCUGAAGAACGAGGAAUUAAUAAAAAAGAUGCAAGUUAUCUUCUUGCAGUAAUUGGAAUUGCUAAUACAGUUGGACGUAUAAUCUUAGGAUAUGUAUCGGAUAAACCAGGAGUUAAUCGACUCUUGAUAUAUAAUUUAUGUCUUACUAUAUGUGGUAUUUCUACAAUUCUUAGUACAUUCUGCACCUCUUUUGCAUCAUUCACAUUUUAUUCCUCCAUAUUUGGAUUCACAUCUGGAGCUUAUGUUGGUCUUACAUCUGUAAUCUUAGUAGAUUUGUUGGGUUUAAAUCGUCUCACCAAUGCCUUUGGCCAGCUUUUACUAUUUCAAGGUUUUGCAUCAUUUUUAGGGCCACCAAUUGCAGGAUGGCUAUAUGAUGUAAUUCAAUCCUAUGAUCCUGGAUUUUGGACUGCUGGUGGUAUGAUAACUAUCAGUGGAUUACUUUUAUUUUUUAUACCUAUAAUUCAAAAAACUGUAAUUCAGAAAACUGUAAAUAUUCAAAAGACCAAAAAUAUAACAAACAAUUAAUUUGCACAAAAUA